CCUGUGGGCCUGCCCAUGUCGGACUCCCUGUUUCCUCUGUGUGAAUCCACAGAUGACAUCGCGGGAGCUGCUGCCUCCAGCAUCAUGUGCACCCUGACUGAGAAGGCCAUAGUGAAGAAGGAACCGCUGUGUGUCGUGGCCGGGAGGGACAAGUACCAGGUCAAUAACAAACACAAUGACAAGUACCGGCCGCUGCCUUCCAACAAAAUCAUCCAGCGGGCGGAGGAGCUGGUGGGGCAGGUGUGGCCCUACUCGCUCACCAGCGAGAACUGCGAGCACUUUGUGAACGAGCUGCGCUACGGAGUCUCCCGCAGCGACCAGGUGCGUCCUCAGCCCGUGUCCCGUCCCCUGGACCCAGACCAUUCCCUCAGCUGACAGUGGCUGGGUGUCAGCCUGGGCUGGGCUGGGGUGGAGACAGGGGCAUGAACAACACAAAACAGCAGAGACAGAACCCUGUCCUUGAGAACGUCACUGUCAGGGUGGGGACGAGGGUGGGAAGGCACAGCAGACUAGUGCAGUUAGGGGGCGAUGGCCCAGGACGUGAGUCGCAGAAUGAUGGUCAGCCCCGUUGCCGAGCCCUGCCUGGCCGCCUGGCCCUGAGGUGAACCCUUCCCAC